CUUUUCACUCCUAUCUUGUUGGUCUCCUCUCGCUACGUCUCAUUCGAUCACGCGUGGACACGACCAUGGCGUCUGCUUUACGUUGGUGUGCAUUUCGGCGACUGUCCCCUAGAAGUACAUCUGUGAUGGCCUGUCAAGUGCGACAACUUAAUUUACAAGAGUACCAAAGUAAAAAGCUAAUGGCAGAUGCUGACAUCUCCGUGCAACAGUUCCUUGUAGCAUCAUCACCUGAGGAUGCAUCAACAAUAGCUAGCAAACUUUGUGUGCCAGAAUAUGUAAUCAAAGCCCAGAUUUUGGCAGGUGGAAGAGGCAAGGGAGUAUUUAAUACAGGUUUCAAAGGAGGAGUCCAUCUUACAAAAAACCCAGACAAGGUAGAAGGACUUGUAAUGAAUAUGCUUGGAAAGAAGCUGGUUACAAAGCAAACACCUAAAGAUGGAGUGAAAGUAAACAAGGUUAUGGUAGCUGAGGCACUUGAUAUUGCACGGGAAACUUAUUUUGCUAUUCUGAUGGACCGGAGUUUUGGGGGUCCAGUCAUGGUUGGCAGUCCAAAUGGUGGGGUGGACAUUGAAGAAGUGGCUGAGAAAAAUCCUGCUUCCAUAUUUAAAGAACCAAUUGAUAUAGUGGAAGGCAUAACAGACGUGCAAGCAGAUGCCAUGGCCAAAAAUCUUGGGUUCAAGGGACAAAAAAUAGCACAGGCAGCAAAAGAAAUCAAGAACUUGUACAAGUUGUUCUUAAAGGUUGAUGCAACACAAGUUGAAAUCAAUCCAUUUGGUGAAACCCCUGAUGGAAGAGUCGUGUGCUUUGAUGCUAAGAUCAACUUUGAUGACAACGCUGCAUUCCGGCAGAAAGAGAUUUUUGCGCAGGAAGACUUUUCCGAGUCUGAUCCACGUGAAGUGCAGGCUUCCAAACACAAUCUUAAUUACAUUGGCAUGGAUGGCAACAUAGCAUGUCUUGUGAAUGGUGCUGGCUUGGCUAUGGCCACGAUGGACAUCAUCAAGCUUCAUCGAGGAUCUCCAGCCAAUUUUUUAGACGUUGGGGGCACAGUAACAGAAAAUCAAGUGUACCAUGCAUUCACUUUGCUCACCUCUGAUGUUCAAGUAAAAGCCAUCCUGGUUAAUAUUUUUGGUGGCAUUGUGAAUUGUGCCACCAUUGCCCGUGGUAUCACCAAUGCUUGCAAGUCUAUUAACCUCAAACUACCUUUAAUUGUUCGUCUUGAAGGAACUAAUGUUGAAGAAGCCAGGAAGAUUCUGAGUGAAAGUAAUCUGCCAAUCAUUACUGCUGUAGACCUUGACGAUGCAGCAUCAAAAGCAGUGGCAAGCAUAAGUCCGAGAGUUGUUGCUGAACGCCUGUAGGAAUUUGGUCAGUAGCUGGUGAGUGACGUCCCGAGUGAUACUUUUCUUGUCUUUUUUUCGAACUGAAAAAAUAAACAUAUUUUAGUGCCAAGGAAAAACUGCUUAUGACAUUGUUAUUGUCAGAGACUCAUUCAAUGCUCUGUCUCAGACGGGGAGUGUUGGGGAUUUUUUCCCCUCUGAGAUGAACUAUUUGGAGGUUUGUGAAUUUGCUGCAUCAUUUUAUGUCAUGGGAACUGUUCACGUGAGUUAUAUUAACAGUUCACGUGUUUUAGCAUUAUGAUGAGGCACUAGUGCUUUGUAAAUUAAAUUGCAGCCAUUUUUAAAAAUGAAUUGUUACUGAGGAGUUGUACCUGUAUGGUGAUUUCAUGUUUUUUUUGAUUUUGGAGUAUGCGCUUAUUUUCUUAAACAGUUACAGAAAAGAAGAAGAGAAAGUUGACACUUGGAUGUUGCCUGUGCUGUCUGUUUAACAUGCAGCUUAGUUAUUCUUAUUGGAGUACCAUCCAUGUUUAGUGAAACUUUUAUGAUGUUUACGUUUUGGUAAGCAUUAUUGUGCUGGAACUGAAACCCUGUUUUAGACAUUUACAAACAAUACUUUCUAUCAGAGGCAUGAAGAAACUUUAAAAUUUGUUCAUUCCAUCAACUAAUGACUGAACAAGUGUAUCUCUAGCAUUUUGAUCCUAAGAUUUGUAAAUAUUUUGUGAAUAAUUUUGGUGCUCAUGAGAGAUGGAUUGAAUCUUUAAAUAACUGGUGUUGGUAGUGGAGUGGGGAUAUGUGUGCAAGAAAAUAUGAAGUUGUGAGUGAAAGGAAAAGAUUAAAGUGUCUUCAUAAGCUUUAGGAGCCUUAAAAUGUUUGAGAGAAGUGCCACGAAGGCUUCUUGCUGAGACCUUGAAGUGAUGGCACAUAUUUUCACAGCCACAAGUGUAAGAAGAUUAUUGUGGGUUUAGAUGUGCAUUUACUCAAGAAGAAUAAAUGAAAUUUAGAGGUGA